AUGUCGUCCAACGGACCCAGCUCCGGUCAAGCUUUGGCCAACAUACAGAGGGCAUUCGAGUCUUUCCAGCAGACCGUCAAACACGACGAUGCACGCACUUUCUCAUCAACAGCGCUGCACGAUGUAUGGAGAGCAGCAAAGGAUGUCGAGUCGACCCUGGCUGCGCGGCAGAAGGCUCGGAAUCUGAGCAAAAUCCAGCCAUUUCUGGAUGGACUGGAGCACUACUCAAAGGCUAUCGAAGUGCUGUGCAACGGCACUCCGUACUUACCGUGGAUAUGGCCUCCUAUCAAGCUGUGUCUUAUCAUCGCCAGCGACAGCAUCGACGCAUUCGAGAAACUGAUACAGGCAUAUGCCGACAUUGGAGAAGCCUUGCCGCGCUUCGGCUUGCUCGCUGAUGCCCUAAAAGGCAAUCAAGACUUUCAAAACGUCCUCGCACUGUAUUAUUGCGAUAUCCUCAGCUUCCAUCAGCGUGCGUAUCGUUUGUUCACUCAAAAUGCUUGGCAAAGAUUCUUCAACACAGCAUGGAAAAGAUUCGACAUACACUUCAGCUCUAUCCUUGACGACUUGAAGAAGCAUCGAAACCUAGUAGAUGCAGAGGCGAAUGCUCACAGUAUCGCCUCUAUAAGACAGAUCGCAGCUACGUGCCACGAUUUACGAGAGAAAGCUGCCGAAGAAGCGGCAGCUAGGGAAAAGCAACGUACCGAUAUGCUUCUCCCUUCUGUACUGGCGUGGCUGGACGUUGGCUCUGCGUUGGACGAGGACAAAAUCCAGCGUUCAUCCGAGACCUGUCACCCUGGAAGCUGUUUGUGGUUCCUGAACCACAAUGCAGUAAAGCGUUGCCUUGCGCAAGGGUCGAAAAACAAUAAGCUGUGGAUUCACGGCAAACCUGGUUCAGGCAAGUCCGUGUUGAGCGUACAACUCGCUCAGGACCUCAAAAGUCAGCUGUACUCGACAGUGGUUUUCUACAUGUGUGACUUUCGCAUAGCCGAUCGCAACACUCGCAGCACUAUACUUCGACAUGUUGUGGCCCAAUUGAUUGCACAGCACCCCGAUCUUGCUGCUUUCGUGCAGGAAGAAUAUAUGCUCAAACGACGAGAGCCGUCAGCGACCUGCUUGAAAGAGUUGAUCGCAGCGCUCUCAUCAAACCUCAAGUCCACUCGAAUCAUCAUCGAUGGGCUUGAUGAGAGUCCGAUCAAAGAACACCAGACCUUAUUGAAAGAUCUGUUGUCCAUCGUGGAUGAUGUCUCGAAGACGAGCAAAUGUACACUCAUGCUAUUCAGCAGAGGCAUUCCAACGAUCGAUCGACUUUUGAAGAAGCAACAGCGCAUUAACUUGGAUGGAGAAACAGAAGCAGUCAGGGGAGCAAUUCGCAUGUACGUGAAGCACGAGAUAUCCAAGUUCAUUAAUGAGCAAGACUACCUGAUCUUGACGAGUGUGGACAUUGGAAAUCUCGAAGAGAGCAUCGUUGAGAAAGCGGAUGGAAUGUUUCUGUGGGUCCGCCUUGUACUCGAGAGCUUGGAGAAUAUCCACAGCAUGCACGAGUUGCGAUCCCACGUCGAGCAACUGCCAAAAGGACUCGAAGCAGCAUACGCCCGUGUCCUGCAUCAAUUUGAUACUGAUCUUACAGACGUGAAAAAGACUCAAAUCAAACGCAUAUUUGGCUGGAUUGCGUUCGCUGAGCAACCUUUGACGAUACAAGAAGUUCUCAACGGUGUCGUGUAUAGCACCGAGCCCUAUAGCCUGGACGAAUACACGGCGCUGACGCAGGCUGUCUUGGACCUCGCGAAGCCGCUUGUCGAGAUCACCCCGCAUGGAACUAUCUCAUUCGUACACUUCACCGUUAAAGAAUACGUUCUCCACAAGGACAGUGGCCAGACCGGCCCAUACCUUGAUCGAACACUUGCGUUACGAAACAUCGUCCUUGCUUCGUGCCUCUCACUGUGGGAUAGUCUAGAUCUCGUGGAUCCGGCUGUCAACCAGGCCGAUGCGCUGCUUCGGAUACUAAAGGGACACUUCAGCCUGCAGCCUUACAUCGCCAAGAAUUGGCUGCUGCAUUUCCAACAAUUCUCCAAGUUUGCUUCAGGGGACGAUGGCACGUGCGAUGAUCAGCUCCUAACCGCGCUGUGGCGACUAAUCCAUCGCCAUGCCUUGUUGACGGCUGCACGCAACGUCUCCCCGCCUCCUUUACUGAUUGAACUACGGCGCACAGACUUGUUGCAACGCGUACAAGAAAUUCCCGACUGCUACGUACAGGUCCGAUGGGUCAUGGACGAGUCCUACAUGCCAUCAACAGAUGGACGAGGGCAGCCACAGCAAGAUCCAAACCAUGAUUUCGAUGACGCGACCUCUCUGCAACCUCUAUGCCUUGUCCUUGAGGCAACGCGAGUUCUGACGUCCCAUAUGGAAGACCUCAUGAAGCCUGACGCAGCCUCGAGAUACUCGGGCAUCGAUCCCCAGAUGCUCGAUAGUUUCAGGAACCUCAACGCGCCCAGAGCUCUUACUUGUCGAGUGCCAGAUUGCUCUCGACGCCUUGACAGCUACCCUGAUGAAGCUGCGAGAGAUAUCCAUGAACACACACAUGCUGACAGAUACCUUUGCUCGGAACUGUCCUGCACGUUCAAUUCCGCGAUGGGCUUUGGCUCUGCUAAAGCCUUAGCAGCACAUCGCAAAAGGUUCCAUGGGGAGUCGCUCCCACAUAUACCUGUGUUUCGAAGGACCGGGAUUGCGAGAUCAACCUCUAGUGGCGGAAGACAAGCCGCUUUGAGAGGUGGAGCCCUACAGGUGCAGGUGACUCCAGACUUGCAAGUACAGCACAUGCAGCAAGCAGACGCUGCUCGGCAGCAGGGACGUCAGAAUUCUGUGGUCCAACAAACGGAUCUGCAGUCAAUCCACUCCAACCUGAUGACCCCAGGCUGGCGCCAAGAUGACAACCCCAAAUUGCCUACCGGUCUUGAAAGGGAUCGAUUGCCGGCAUCUUAUUCCGAUCGCCAAAUCUACAUGAGUCCGCCUAAGUUCAGUAAUGGCUUCGCGCCUCCCUCGCGUGCGUCAUUAGUGGAAAGGAGUUUGGAAAGGAGAGACCCAUUUAACCAGGAGUCUGUGCCUCCUAAUAGCGGCCUCGAGGAGUUCGAAGCGAUAGAAAAAUAUCAAUUCCCGGCAUUGUAUCCCGACGACCAGAUUUCCAAUAACGAACGGGCUGACUACAUGAGUCCACCCGAGAUCAAUAUUGACUUCGCGCCUCCCUCGCUGGAAAGGAGCUUGGAAAGGAGAGACCUAUUUGACCAGGAGUCUUUCACUGAAUUGCGUGUGCCUCCUAAUGGCGUUCGUAACAUAGCACAACAAGCACGGUCACAAUCGUAG